AGCGGACACGCAUAAGCUAGGAAAUGGGUUGGGGAGCACAACAUAUACAACAACAACAACAGCAACAACAUCAGCAGCAACAAGCUCAACAACAGCUUCAGCAACAAUUGAAACAUAAAUCACCAACGUCGUCAUCGUCAUCGGCGGCUGCUGCACAUCUUCAACAACAGCAUCAACAGCAAAACGCAGCCGCGGUCGCUGCAGCUAUGCAUGCACCCCUUAGCACACAUGCAGCUCCGUUGGCGCCACCACCACCUCAUCCUCACACGCACCCGCAUUCGCUUGAUAUGUUGUACUCCCAAAACCGCCAACAACAGCAACAACUCCAUCACUAUCACCAACACGCACAACAACAACAGCAACAACCGCUUUACCAACAGAGCAGCGUAGGCAGUAACAGCAGCACUGCUAGCCAUGAUCACGGCUUUGGUUCUAAAGACGCUGGCAACAAUUCAUCAACAACAAAAAACAAUGGCAACGCUUCCAGUGGUGGCAGUAGUAGUAGCUCGUCACGACAUUCUUCGGCAACUUCCAAUACUGCUGCGCAACAAUUGGCUGCUGCAGCCGCAGCAGAAAGUGCAGCCGCUUAUAACUUCCUGUGUGGUUCUGCUGCAGCAGCCGCUGCCGCCGCCGCCACAAUGCUAAGUCCACCAUUAAGCGCCAACUCUACAUUAGCCGCCGUCAAUCCCUUCGCCAACCCAUUUGAUUGGCUAGGCGCAAGCACUGCCACGGUGGACAAACAAAUACGCCCUACUCCAGCUGAAAAGCAGGCGCGUCCGGUUGAUGCCAGCCGCUAUAAUAGAGCUUCUCAACAACAGCAAACGCAGCAGCAACAAAACAACAGUGCGUCAGCUGCAACGCCAACAUCAACUUCGGCAGUAGCAGCGGCUGCAGCAGCUGCAAAUGAUUUUAUGUCUCUCUUUAGCGCCGCAGCUGCUGCUGCUGCGGCUGGUGAACACGCCAGUUCACAUCGUAGUUCUUCGAAUGCGUCUGCUGCGUCGGUGGCAAGCUCGACAUCAUCUACAGCGGCGGCGAAUGCGAGCAGUAACGCGCAUAAACUUACCGCAGCUGCGGCGGCAUCGUCAGCUGCAUUGGCUGCAGCCCAUGCGUCGUCUUUAUUCUCUCCCCCUACGGUUGCAGCGGCCAAUGCAUAUCAUUUACAGCCGCCAAGUGCGGCAGUUGCUGCAGCCGCAGCGGCCGCCGGCACACAUGGUCUGCCCUCGCCGACAAUAUAUCCGCCAACACCACCACCGUCAACACCCUGGAUACAUCCAUGGUACGCGGGGGGCGAGACGUUUUGAAAUUGACGCGGACAUGCGAUCUAAAUAGAAUCCUAAACACUGAACAUAAACGGCGGAACACCCUGUGUUGAAGGUGGUGAGCGUAAGUGUGCGUUGGUGUUGUUUCAAAAUUAACCAACGAAUUAAUUUGUUGCCUACUUUUCAAAGUUGUUCUACAAAUUGUUUUAUGUUGUGUUUUGUACAUUGACACGUUAUCGAAUAUAUUCGCUUCAUAUUGAAAGUGAUCAUAAUUUAGACUAAUUUUUGUAUA